GUAAAGUAAAAGUCAAACUGGAGGGAGCGUGAGCUGCUGCUGAGUGGAGCUGUCCGUGGUGCUGAAUGUGCGGGACCUGAUCCACUUUGUGUUUGAGGAUCUGUGACCACAAAACAAACACACAACUGCCUCUGUUUGCCCCCCACCACACAGAAGCAACCCUCUUCCCCAACAAAUCCGCUUUUUUUUUUUUUUUGGAUGAAUAAUACAAAGCCAGAAAUGACAAACAGUCGAAGUGAUAAAAGAUUAAAGCGGCGGGAGGCUGAAAGCAGAACUCUUCUGAAUGUGACGCGUCCUGCGCAGACGUUUAAACGGGGACAGAGCGAUUCCCGCCCCUCAGGGUCGUGAUGCGGUAGAGCCUCUCUGCGCAGAACCGGGCGCGCGCUAUAAAAGCGGCUGGCACAGGACGAGCGCAACAUCAAGACAGAGGGGACGCGAGCGCGAGCGCAUCAAGCAACAUUUGUGAAGCGGACGAGCAGCGAGCCAGAGCCAGGCAGCAUGAUGCAGGCGAGCCGCGGAGGAUUCUGCUGGACGCUCCUUCUACUUUCCUGCGCGCUUUGGCAGACUUUCUCCCAAGACUUUGGAGGACAGACUCAGUUCAUCUGCACCUCCGUGCCCAAGGAUGUGGACAUUUGCGCAGCCACGCUGCAGAACAGCGUGCCGGGAGACGACCUGAAAACUACUGUCAUGCAGCUGCGGGAGACGGUUCUGCAGCAGAAGGAGACGAUUAUUAACCAAAAAGAAACUAUCAGGGAACUGACCUCGAAGUUGGCCCGCUGCGAGAGCCAGAGUGGCGUGGAGCCCGGGGACGCGCGGCCCGGGGGGAGAAGGAAGGAGUCUGGGACCAAAAACACAAUGGGGGACGUGUCCAGGGGCCCCGCUGACACUUUGGCGCAGCUGUCACAGACGUUACAGUCUCUGAAGCAGAGAUUAGAGAAUCUGGAGCAAUUCAGCAGAAGCAACAGCUCGGUGCAGGCCAACAGCCUCAAGGAUCUGCUCCAGAGUAAAAUCAACGACUUGGAGAAGCAGGUGCUGUCCCGGGUCAACAGCAUCGAGGAGGGGAAGCCCGGACUCCGGAAUGAGACGGAGCAGCGUGGGAGAGUGGAGUCCACGCUCACGUCCUUACACCAGAGGAUCACCGACCUGGAGAAAGGCCAAAGGGAAAGCAGACCUCUGGAUAAAUUCCAGCUCACAUUCCCCCUCAGAACCAACUACAUGUAUGCAAAAGUCAAGAAGAGUCUGCCAGAGAUGUACGCCCUGACCGUGUGCAUGUGGCUGAAGUCCAAUGCGUCUCCUGGGGUGGGAACGCCUUUCUCCUACGCAGUUCCCGGUCAGGCCAACGAGCUGGUCCUCAUAGAGUGGGGAAACAACCCGAUGGAGAUCCUCAUCAAUGAUAAGGUGGCAAAGCUGCCAUUUCUUAUCAACGACGGGAAGUGGCAUCAUAUUUGCGUGACCUGGACAACUCGGGAUGGCGUUUGGGAAGCUUUCCAAGAUGGUGUCAAGAGGGGAAGCGGAGAGAACCUGGCGCCGUAUCAUCCUAUCAAACCACAGGGGCUGCUGAUUCUGGGCCAAGAGCAGGACACCUACGGCGGCGGAUUUGACGCCACACAAGCCUUUGUCGGAGACUUGGCAAAUUUCCACAUCUGGGAUAAAAAACUGUCCGUGGAGGAGAUUUAUAAUCUAGCGACCUGCAGCAGCAAAGCUCAAGUGGGCAACGUUUUUGCCUGGAUGGAGACGAGCCUUGACAUUUAUGGCGGCGCCUCCAAGUGGACUUUUGAGGCCUGCCGUCAGCUGAACUGAAAGGGGAACGAGAAGUUUGGUGAUUUUUCUUUUUGCAAAAGCCACAGCGGUUGGUAAACAACGUAGACAGAUCAGGAUAAACAAUCGGGAAAUUGUUUUAGAUAUUUGAAAACGUAGUUUGUGGAUGAUCCCCCCACCGCCACCUGAUUCCCGUGUGGGACGGAGCGCUGAAACAGGGACAUUUCGGCCUCUUGGGGGUGCUUGAAUCCACGUCGGGUCGAUUGGAGGCUGAGAGCGAUGAUUGCUCCCUGCGAGCGAAGGACCAAACGCACAGUGGGAGGUGGCGUAGUUCUUAGAAAUCCGAUGUCACGCAGUUCAGCAAAGCAGCCGACUUCUUCAAAUGUCUUUUCUGUCUCGACUGCCAGGGAUUUUCACUGUGAAGACGGUGGACUCAUCUAGGAGGGUUUUGAAUGUUUCUCUGUCACUCUUCUCUUCUCUCCACCUGCUUGACGUGGUUUCGCGUGAAGAACGAUGUUUAUUCAUUGCCAACUUUUGGAGCCUGAGUGCCUUUGGGCUGCAGAAAAAGAUCUCAGCACACAUUUCUCAUUUCGUUGCAGAGUGUUUUUGUGCAUUUUGUGUUUCUUCUCUUGUGAUUAGGUUUUCAAAGGAGACGUUGGUGGUAACACUUUGACCAACAGCUGGCCGGAUCGUAACAUGCAAUUCAUUGAUGAUGAUGAUGGCGCCUUUUACACUCGUUUGACCUUCGGUGGGAAUGUCCUCUGUACAGUUAGAGCAUGUCUUAACUUCUGUAAUGCUGCGCCAGCAUCUCUGAUCUCUGCUUUUAAUAUCCUUUCUUUAGGUUUAAGUUUUCUACUUUAAUGUUAUAAAUAAAUAAAUAUAUAUAUAUGUAUAUGCUUAACGCAUGGCAACGUUGAGAGAAAAGUUCUAGUUUUUGUAAUAAAUUGUGAUACUUCAAUCAUG